GAAGAAGACGUCGAAAACGUCGAAAACGAAGAAAACGUCGAAAACGAAGAAAACGUCGAAAACGUCGAGGCACAGCCUACAGAAAUGAAAAUCAAUGCAUCUCAAAAUAAUUUGGCGUCUGAUCGAAGCUCGAAUCCAAUCGCUAAAGCAAAAAUUGGACGACAAGAAGAGAUGCCGAAUCGUGGAUGUGGCUUUGCCAAUUCAAAGAGUCAACAACCAGCCGACGAUCUUACAUCACGCUUUGGAGAAUUCAACUGGAUGAUUCGAAUAAUGGCAAAUGAUUUGUUUCUUGGGAUCGGCACAUUAAUCGCCCCAAAUAUUGUGCUAACCAGUUCAGUCCAUGAAUAUGUGAGCUCUAAUCUAACUGUGAUAGCCGGAGAAUGGGAUCUGAACAGCGAGAAUGAGAUUUAUCCCCAUCUCAAACGUACUGUGCAUACAAUCAUUUCUCAAGGUGACGGUAUCAAUGACAUCGCACUGCUUGAACUUCGCGUUAGCUUCAGUCGACAGCCCAACAUUAACACCAUCUGCCUAGGCAUACCAAUCACAAUUGUGGAUCAGGAUAAUUGUAUAUCGAUAGCCUGGCAUGAGGAAGGAUCCAAGCCACAGCAACAUCGUUUCGCAAUACAAUCUGAUGAGUUUUGCAGCCAGCUUGUUCCCAAGACAUAUGUCAGAGGCAACAAACUAGAAUCUGGCUUGAUAUGUGCAACCCAUUUGGAUAAUGCGCCCGAUCUUAAUGUUGGCACUGCCCUCUUUUGUCCCAUUCAAGGCGCGCCCAAUCGAUACACUCAGUUGGGCAUUUUUAUCGGAACCGAAAACCGCACGGGAACUGCGACCGAACUCUUUGCUCAUGUGAAUCACUUUAUGCCCUGGAUAUAUAAACAACUCGGACCUCGACGCACCGAUUUAAAACACUUCUUGCCCAUUGUGUAGGAGCGACGGCUAAAUUCUAUACCAACAAAUGUUUAUAAAUAAUUCCAGUAAAUUGUGAUUGAGAGUAUUUUACAUUUUUAUGGAACAGCUUUAAGAAAAGCAAAAAAAAAAUAUAUAUAUAUUAAACUGCAAAAUUAAAUUCAUUGUAGGAAAUCAAUUUCCACUUUU